UCGGGGGCAGCGAAUCUCUGCGUUCCUACUGGAAGAUGUACCUGCCCAAAGUGCUGUUGCUCAUCUACGUCGUGGACUCGGCCGAUCACGCCCGACUGCCCGUGGCGAAACAGCUGCUUCAUCAGCUCAUCCAGAGCAACUCCACCCUGCCGGUGGUGGUUCUGGCCAACAAGCAGGACCUCGAAGGCGCGUAUUGCAUCACUGACAUCCACGAGGCUCUGGCACUGUCUGAUAUUGGGGACGAGAGGAAGUUGUUCUUGAUUGGUACCCACGUGGCAGAGGAGGGCUCUGAGAUCUCCUCCAGCAUGAAGGAUGCCAAGGAGCUGAUAGCACAGUUGGUUUUGGAAGCACAGUUUGUGUGGGGAAACCAAGAGACCAUCAGGACCCUCUCACGAAGUGCUCUGACAGCUCAACUGUCCCCAAGAACUGCGGCACUGGCCAGGCCCAAGCGAGAUUUUGGCAAGCACCACUGCAGACCUCUCUUCUUAUACAGCUGUGGGCGGGAAUCGACGAUUUGGGAGCGUCCCCCACUAGUGGAUUUCUACCUCCCUUCAGAUCGGCUGCUGAAGUUGUCUGAACCUAAAAAAUGCCAGGCUGCUUACCUGCAGCAAAGACCUCACCAGUCCCCUCAGUGGCCUGUCUCACCAGCUGCACAGAGGUAUAAGGCCUCCCCGUGGAUCCUGGAGCUUGCCCGGCCGAAGGUGCUGCACCCAGAGUUCCUGAUGGCCAGAGAGGUGCCAGCACCAGUUACAAACGUGGCCUUGGCCAGAGCAUCCUCACGGUUAGAGCACCUUGCAGAGCCCCGGGUGAGGAAGGUGACCUGCUGCUAUGAGCACAGCUCUCCCGAAUCCGUCAUUCGUCCGGUUUCCAAGUCGGCUCAGAAGGCAAUUGUGAGCCCUCGGACCCUGGAGCUGGCUAGGGCAAAAAGUCUGCAUCCUGGCUACGUGCCCCUGCGGGGUGCCAAGUGGCCAGUGACAAAGGCCGCAAAGCACGCGGUGGCCACGACAAGGCUCAGGGAACUGGCCCAGCCUUGCAAGAGGCCUCCGAUGAGCUCGGUUCAGUUCAAUGCAGACGCGUUCACGGUGAAGGAGGCUGCUAAGAAGGCAGCUUGCUCUGCUCGCAUCCAAGAGCUGGCUCGUCCCAUCAGGCGCUGA